AUGUCUUCCCCUGUCAAGACAGAGCAAAAGGCUUGUUUGAUCGUCAUUGACGGUUGGGGUGUUCCUUCCGAGGAGAGCCCCAAGGACGGCGAUGCCAUCACCAAUGCCAAGACCCCGGUCAUGGACGAGCUCUACAAGAGCGCCACCGGCUACACCGAGCUCGAGGCCUCGUCGCUGGCUGUCGGCCUGCCUGAGGGUCUCAUGGGCAACUCCGAAGUCGGCCAUCUCAACAUCGGCGCCGGCCGCGUCGUCUGGCAGGACGUCGUACGCAUCGAUCAAACAGUCAAGAAGGACGAGCUCAAAGACAACGCCGUGAUUAAGAAGACCUUUGAGGGUGCUGCCAAGGGCAAUGGUCGUCUGCACCUGUGCGGUCUUGUUUCGGACGGCGGUGUUCACUCGAAGCAGACUCACCUGAACGCUCUUCUGAGAGCCGCCAAGCAGUACGAGGUUAAGGAGGUGUUUAUUCACUUCUUUGGCGACGGCCGCGAUACCGAUCCCAAGUCUGGUGCUGGCUACAUGCAGGAGCUCGUCGACUACCUGAAGGAGGUCGGCAUCGGCCAGAUUGCCACUGUCGUCGGCCGCUACUACGCCAUGGACCGCGACAAGCGCUGGGAGCGCGUCGAGCUUGCCCUCAAGGGCAUGUGCCUUGGUGAGGGCGAAGAGAGUGAUGACCCUGUCGCUACCGUCAAGGCUCGCUAUGAGAAGGGUGGUUCCAAGGACAAGGAUGAGUUCCUUACUCCCAUCAUUGUUGGCGGCGACAAUGCUCGCAUCAAGGACGACGACACCGUGUUCUUUUUCAACUACCGCUCCGACCGUGUUCGCCAAAUCACCCAGCUUCUUGGCGACGUUGACCGAUCGGUCCUCCCCGACUUCUCCUACCCCAAGAUCAAGGAGCUCGUCACAAUGACCACGUACAAGACCGACUAUCCCUUCGAAGUCGCCUUUCAGCCCCAGCGCAUGGACAAUGUUCUGGCUGAGUGGCUUGGCAAGCAGAACGUUGAGCAGGUCCACAUUGCCGAGACCGAGAAGUACGCCCACGUUACCUUUUUCUUCAACGGUGGUGUGGAAAAGGUUUUCCCUCUCGAGGAGCGCGACCAGAACCAGGACCUCGUUCCCUCCAACAAGUCUGUUGCGACCUACGAUCUCGCCCCCGAGAUGUCUGCCGAUGGUGUCGCCGACCAGGUUGUCAAGCGCAUGGGCGAGGACCGCUUCCCCUUUGUCAUGAACAACUUUGCCCCCCCCGACAUGGUUGGCCACACUGGUGUCUACGAUGCUGCCAUCGUUGGCUGCGAGGCCACCGACAAGGGUAUCGGCAAGAUUCUUGAGGGCUGCAAGAAGAGCGGCUACAUUCUCUUUGUCACCGCCGACCACGGCAACGCCGAGGAGAUGAAGUUUGCCGACGGCAAGCCCAAGACCAGCCACACCACCAACAAGGUGCCGUUCCUGAUGGCCAACGCCCCCGAGGGCUGGAGCCUGCGCAAGAGCGGCGGUGUUCUUGGUGACGUCGCCCCCACCAUCCUCGCAGCCAUGGGUCUGCCCCAGCCCGAGGAUAUGACUGGCGAGUCUCUUUUGGAUAAGGACCUCAAGCGCAGCGCCGAUUAG